AUGGUCAGACCGUACCCGCGGGAAGAGUUCCCACGCCAGCCGUCGUUCCAGCAGCAAUGCUUUCCUCCUGCCACGAGGCAUGCUUCAUUCUCACAGGAAAGAUAUGCAGGCGAUGCGGUGCAACGCUCUGAUUCCUUCCCCCAGGAUCGUUACGGUAUUGAUCCAUCAGAUGGUCGCUUUCAAGAGGCUUAUGACUUGCACCGUCGUCAGCCCCCAAUACAAAUUGAUGAAGCGCUCCGUUCACAUUGCGGUAUUGCCGCAAAGCAAUACUUUGUGGCGGCCCUCUGCGAAGACGGAAAGUCAAUGACCUUUCUCAGUCCAUCUCAGAAGUUGAACGAUGCUACGAUACGGCAGUUUUUUGACAUGAAUAAGUUUCAACAGGUAAUGGCUCGAGUGGAUGCUGGAGCUGAUCCGAUGUUGGAUGACGGAUUGGCAUUUGAAGAUGGCUCAUUCAACCGAACCGGCUUUGGGCGUAUGCGCCCCACAGAUAGACGUCGAAGCUCGAUUUUCGAUGAUUGGGAAGGCCCAACACGCUCUGCACGGAAACGACCUCGGCCUCGACACCCCAUCAACGAGGAAGACGACGUACCAAUGACUGUGUCAUCACGCAAGGGCAUUAAAGUAGGCGAUGCGGAUGCAGUAUGGAGUUUCUACGAGCAACGCUUCAAAAACUGCCAGCAGACUGCUUGCAAACUGAUUGCCAAAGCAUGGGUUAAAGCUGUCGAGCCCAAGAAGCAAUCAACUCAUCCGUACACGGGCAGCGAUGAGAAGGCUCCGGACUGGUGGCCCAAGCCAUGGGGUCCUACAAAGGAUGACAAAGUCAGGCACAAGGAGCCCGAUCACUUAUAUAAACGAGAACGCGUGCAUCUUCUUGCUCACAUACUGAGGCUUGUCGUUGAGCCCAAUGCUAAACAGCACACGGACAUUCAGAAACUCGGUCUCAAUGUGAAGAAACUGGAGGAAACAACCUAUGAGGCUCUUUCGUCGUUCUUCAUGGACAACGACACCAACGCCAAGAAGCGGCCGUACCUGAGUGAGAUUUUCAAAAUGGCAAGGCAGGAGGAACGUUUCAAAAAUGGCGAAAUCGACGGAUCCACCGAGGUAUACGUCAUGGCUGAAGACAAAGUUCCCGAGAACUAUGCCUCCGACAACGAAGAUGCAGCGUUCCCAAAGGAAGAGGAUGAUCAUGAAGUGCCACGACCCAAGGUCAACACCCAGCAGCAGCAGCAGCAGCAACAGCACUGUGUGGUCCAAACCCCAACGACGGGCCCCUCUUCAGCACAGUCCUUGCAUGGUGGUCAUGGCCCAUUUAUUGGUGAGCUGCCUGUUCGCGGAACAUCUUUCAAUCCAACCAUGUUGCCUGCAGACUUGGCGUCCCAGCCCCAUAACUUUGUCGACAGCAGUGGUAUCACGGUCACGGAUCAAGCGACGGUCACGGCCCCUAAUGGAGCUCUGACUUUAGACAUGGUGACCAGCCCCCACGACACCAGCCGACGUGCCUCAGUGUUCAGCGAGUAUACCAGUCCAGGGGGAAGCAAUAUCUAUGCUCAGCAGUGGCAGCAGACUGGAUCAACAGGCCCAGGGCAAGCGUCGAUGUAUGCAUAUACCCCUGCCCCAAACAACGCCCAGCAGCCUCCAUUUAUGAGCCAGUCGGUUCCCAUGAACACAAAUCAGCCGUUCAUGGGUGGCACGUUCGAAGGAUCACCACGGCCUGAGUAUGACGCUAAUGGGGCUCCUAUGUUCCGGACGGGAGAAAUAUCGCACGCACCGGUCAAUCAAGCACAGAGCUAUUAUGUUCCUAACGACAACAGAAAUGGAUUACGGGUCAUGGCCCAAGUGGUAGACAGUGUGCCCAGAAGCCAGAUGCAAUGA